AUGUCCUCCCAGUCCUCGUCCUCGUGCGGCUCGGACGAAGAGCUUACAGGCAUUGCCAACGGCGACGACGGCUUGACGUACUUGACGGACGCCUCGUUGUUGAAGCGCACUUUUUUGUCGGACGACGACGACGACGCGCUGUUCUUGCGCAGCGCCGGCUUGAGCUGCGGGCUGGACACGGCCGACCCGGGCUCGCUGUCCACGGCAGGCCUGCCCUGGUCCAGGUCCUGGGGACGGGCCUUGUUGAGCAGCAUCUGGAGGAUUUUCGGGUCCAGCGUGCUCACCAGCUCCUCCUUGGCCUGCAUUCGCUCCUCGGGCGACAUUCGGCUGAGCUUCUCGACGUUUUCCAGAUGGAUCUGUUCCUUUUCCGAGAGGUGGGUGUCAGCAGGCUUGUCAACGGGCUUUUUUGCGAGUCGCUGGGCAGGCUUGCGCUUCGACGCGAGCGGGAACCCCGUCGCCGGCCGCGGCACAAACGCCACGGGCGCAGAAACCUGGUCGGACGUGUCGUGCUCCACAAUAUCUCCCAGCAGAUCCAUGACGGGCAAUAUAUUAGCUGGAAAAAUUAGGCAGCGUGGAUAA